ACAGAAGUAGCAAUGGAUGAACUAUAUGUACAAGUAUUAUCAGAACCAGUGGGAGGUUUCAUUGCAGUCCCAUUGGAGACAUUGAUUACAUUAUUUACUCUGAAAUAUUGUAGACAGUCAGAAAAUUAUUUGAUAUUUGUUCUGAAGCCUGGCCAUAAGCCAUCAUUUAGUGUUAAGAUUACAGGUUUUACUUUUGAAUUAAUUAGGGAAGAAGACGUAGAUAUCGUUGGAACAUGUCAGUUGCCUGUAAUGCUUGUGGGAGAUGGUACUACUUGUGUUGCGGGUUUGUGUGCUGUAUUGCGACGAGUUGUAAAAAGUGCUGUAAUGCAGUUAUCAGGACAUAGAUGUCGUUCUCUUCUGGGAUUUCGACAGGGCUGUCUAAUGGCAUGUGCUGAGUUUUCAGUAUGGACCCGGUUCUGUGAAGUAGACAUUAUAAAUACUGUGAGAAAUUUGAUGUGCAAAGAUUCCCUUCCUAAUUUAGUGACACUUCCAGAAGAUGUGGCACGUUUUGAAAUUCAUAUGGGCCAACCAUUACGUAUUCAUAAUGUUCGUAAGAAGAACCAAGAUUUCAUUAAUUCUAAGGGUGUGAAUUGUUCAAAAUCAAAAAAUGGGACUCAGAACAUGACAGCAGGAAAGCAUAUUAAGGGGGGACAGAAUCUGGAAAUAGAAUUGGAGCAUUGUUUUGCUGAGGGUCCAGUGAUGACCCUGGCUGAUAUUAUAAUUUUCCCCUGUAUGCACAUAAUCUUGCAGAUUGUUCGUAAUGUGUAUUUGCAGCCGUACAUUCCUUUAACAAUGCAGUGGUAUGAUCGCGUAAAAGUACAAGAUGGUGUAGAAGAAGCAAUUGGUAUCAUCAGAGAUAUUCCUAAUAAGAUUAUAGAUAAUCUGUAUGUUAAGUAUAUAUUACCUGUUGUUCCUAAACAGAGCUUGCAUAAAAGUGAUGCAAAAAGAUAUAAGCCAAGGAAUUGCAUAUUUACAAGGCAGGAGGAUGUGGAAACCUCAUUGAAAGUGGUGGAAGAACUAGGUAUAAUUGUGGAGUGGCAGCAAUAUCCAUUUGGCUGUGAAUUAGAAUUUGAUUGGGGUGCAAUUCCAUAUGAUGCUCACCCAGAAGGAGGACAGUUGCCAGCAUUUCGAAUGGAAAGGAAAGGCCAGCAACUUGAAAAUCUGGCUAAAGCUGUAUUGAAAGUAGCCAAGCCUGGUCAUACCAUAGUAGACUUUUGUUCAGGAAGUGGCCAUCUUGGUAUAAUACUCGCUUACCUGUUGCCUCGUUGUCAGGUAAUACUGUUAGAAAACAAAGAAGAGUCCCUUGCAAGAGCCUAUCAGAGGGUUGUUAAGUUAAAAUUAACUAAUGUGACAUUUUGCCAAUGUAAUCUUGAUUACUUCUGUGGGGAAUUUGAUAUAGGCGUAUCAUUACAUGCCUGUGGAGUAGCUACAGAUCUAGUAAUUCAACGAUGUAUCAGUCAGAAUGCAGUGUUCAUUUGCUGCCCCUGUUGCUAUGGUUCAGUUCAAAACAAUCAUAUCUUAACAUACCCACGUAGCAAGGUUUUCCGAGAUUCUGCAUUGACCCUCCGUGAGUAUUUGGUAUUGGGACACUCGGCUGACCAAACUCAUGAUGAACAUAAUGCCAAAACCGAUCAGGGGAAAACAUGUAUGGGCAUAAUUGACACUGAUCGAUGCCUGCAGGCUAAAGAAGCUGGCUAUGCAGUAACUCUAGCAAAAUUAAUUCCAGAAACUUGUACACCAAAAAAUAAUUUGCUGGUUGGGAUACCACAGAACUGGCAAUGAUUUAGAAUAUCAUUUAGCCAGUCCCCUUCAAAGUAGUUAUUGUGUUCAUGAAAAUUUAGUAACAUGACCCAGGUUUGUGACAUUCCUAUAGUCCUGUGAACUUAUUCCCAAACAUGUUUUAGAGAAUGUUUUCUGUAAACAUAAUAUAAUUGGCAUGUGAAUUGCUUUUCAAGGCAUAAUAACACAUUCAAUAGUAUAGUGUGACCAGGUGAAGCCAUUGUUCAUACUGAUGAUUCUGAAUCCAGAAAUAGCAUGUUUACUUGUUAAUUGCUUCUGUAAAUUGUAAUAAAGUAACAGCUGUUUGAGGCUAAUCUAUUUUUACUACAUCUAGUGUAAGAAGUAUGAGUUGUAAUGAGUGUUUUGUUUUAUUGAGUACUGUUAAUUUAAUUAUUGUAGAUGCUCUUCCUCUUCUGAGGUGGUUGUUGAGGUCACAACUUCACUCAUCAUUCAUAUUAUAACCAAGCUCCAUUUGGUUCAUUUUAGAGUUGGAAUUAUUAUAUAACAUAAUUAGGCUAACCAUUCAUUCAGUAAAACAUAUCUCCUCUCAAGGCUUUGACGGGCCUUGUUCUAGCUAGGCAGGAAAGAAUGAUUACUGCUCCACACAACACCAUUGCACAAACAUUAUUUUUAACUUUAUUUAACAGUCAUCACUAUACACAUUGUUAGGGGAGCAAAAGAAUAUUUCACCUCUAUCUUUAUGGUCAAAGAAUAGCCAAGCAAAAACCUGCGUGACUCAGAUAGCAAGCAGGGCUUGGCUGCUUGAUGCUGAAUUUUUGCUUGGUUUAUUCUUUGACCCUGAAGAUGAAGGGGAUGUAUUCUUCCGAAAUGUCAGUUGAUUUUCAACAGACUGCACGGUGUUAUAUUCCAGAUGGCAUAGACACAUAGAUGGAUACUUCUAUCGCCUAGAUGAAAUAUAUUGAUGCUGAUAAAAUUCGUCCAGUUUUAAGACGAUCCAAUAUUUUAGCAUAAGAGUAAUAUCCGUUAGAGAAUAUGUUUACCUGUGAAACAUGAAACAUAAAUCUGGAAACAAAAACUAACAUCGGAAAUGCUUCCAUACUCUCGAUGCUCAUUAUUGUCUUGUAUGUUUAUCUCUAUGUAAAGGAUUACAGAAUGCAUAAAUAUGAGUAAAUAAGCACUUUUGCCCUUU